AUGGCUAUUGCGCGACAAUUUGGACUCCUGUUGUGGAAAAACUAUCUUCAGCAGAAACGUCAAAUCCUGGUAACUCUGGUGGAGAUCCUCUUGCCGCUGCUCUUCUCUGGCAUCCUCAUCUUCCUACGUCAGAAGGUGCCUAUUAAGGACUACCCGAAUGCCACGGUCUACGAGAGCUACGCCGUCGACGUGCUGCCCAGCCGCUUCAUGCACCACCUGCAGCUGGCCUACGUGCCCCGCAACUCCAGCGUGGUGCGUAAGGUGGCGGAGGACGUGCGGGGCAGCCUGUUCCUCUCCUCCGUGCGCGGCUUUGAGACGGAGGAGCAGUUCGAGGAGUGCGUCAGAAACGACUCUCGCUCAGGACAGCUGCUGGCCGCUGUGGUGUUUGAGCAUCCUUUCGCCCACGACGAUGAACCGCUGCCCCUAAAGGUGAAAUACCACCUGCGUUUCAGCUUCACCCCACUCAACGCCCCACCUCGGGAGAGGUCGGAGUUGAGCCCAAACAGUGACCUGGACUGGCACACGCUCAGCCUCUUUCCCCUCUUCCAGCUGCCGGGGCCGAGGGAGCAGUACGACAAAGAGGGGGGCACGCCUGGUUAUUUCCGGGAGGGUUUCCUGGCUGUGCAGCACGCGGUGGACCGAGCCAUCAUGCGCUCUUACAACCGAACGGCCGCUGCCGCUCUGCUGCCACAAAUCCGCGUGGUCCUGUCGCGGUUUCCUUACCCUGCCUUUAUAUACGACGUCUUCAUCCUGGCCAUCCAGAACCAGUUGCCCCUGCUGCUGGUGCUCAGCUUCACCUACACCUCCCUCAACAUAGUGCGAUCUGUAGUGCAGGAGAAGGAGAGGAAGCUCAGGGAGUACAUGAGGAUGAUGGGUCUGAGCAAUUGGCUCCACUGGAGCGCCUGGUUCCUCAUGUUCCUCCUCUUCCUCUCCAUUUCCAUCUUCUUUGUCACUCUGCUCCUUUGUGUCCAGGUGAGCCCUUACGGAGCAGUCCUGUCCUACAGCGACCCCACGCUGGUCUUCGUCUUCCUGCUCGUCUUCACUGUGGCCACCAUCAACUUCAGCUUCAUGAUCAGUGCCUUCUUCUCACGAGCCAAUGUGGCGGCAGCAGCCGGUGGCUUCAUUUAUUUCCUGAGCUACCUGCCAUAUUUGUUCCUGUGGCCCCGCUACGACUUGCUGAGUCACGCCCAGAAGGUGUCGGCCUGCCUCAUCUCCAACGUGGCCAUGGCCAUGGGAGCUCAGCUCAUAGGCAUGUUUGAAGGCAAAGGAAUGGGGGUCCAGUGGUCGAACUUGUUUGACUCGGUGACGGUGGACGAUGACUUCUCCAUGGCCCAGGUGUUGUGCCUGCUGCUGUUUGACUCCGUGCUCUAUGGGCUGGUGGCCUGGUACACGGAGGCGGUUUUUCCGGGGGAGUACGGAGUGCCUCUGCCAUUUUACUUCUUUGUACUGCCGUCGUAUUGGUGCAGCAGCCCCCGUAUGGCUUUGGUGAAUGAGAAAGAGGAAGAGGAGGAUGCAGAAAAGGCUCUGAAAGGGGAGUUCAUCGAGGAGGAACCGGCCGGACUCGUCACCGGGAUCAAGAUCAAACACCUCGCAAAGGAAUUCAAAGUGGGAAACAAGACGCGGCAGGCUGUGCGGGACCUCACGGUGAACAUGUUUGAGGGACAGAUCACGGUGCUGCUAGGACACAACGGGGCUGGGAAGACGACGACGCUGUCCAUGCUGACAGGGCUGUUUCCUCCCACCACGGGCAGAGCUUAUAUCAACGGUUACGACAUCUGUCAGGACAUGGCUCUGGUCCGCCGCAGUCUGGGACUCUGUCCCCAGCACGACGUUCUGUUUGACAACCUUAAUGUCAGAGAGCACCUGCUCUUCUACGCGCAGCUGAAAGGAUUCUCCAAAGAAAAGAUUCCCGAUGAGGUGGACCGGAUGAUCCGCGUCCUGAAUCUUGAGGACAAGCGACAGGCUCGCUCCAAGACGCUGUCUGGUGGCAUGAAGAGAAAACUCUCCAUUGGCAUCGCCCUCAUCGGAGACUCCAAGGUGGUGAUGUUAGACGAGCCCACGUCGGGCAUGGACCCGUCGGCUCGGCGCGCCACCUGGGACCUCCUGCAAGGGGAGAAGCGCGGUCGCACCAUCCUGCUCACCACGCACUUCAUGGACGAGGCAGACCUGCUCGGCGACCGGAUCGUCAUCAUGGCCGGGGGAGAGCUGCAGUGCAGCGGCUCGCCCCUCUUCCUCAAGAGCAAAUACGGUGCUGGUUACCACAUGGUGAUCGUUAAGGAUGCUCUUUGUAAUGUGUCCGAGAUCACCCGCCUCGUCCACAUGUAUGUUCCUGAUGCCACACUGGAGAGCAGUGCGGGGGCUGAGCUCUCUUACAUCCUGCCAAAAGAAAGCACCAGCAGGUUUGAGCUGCUGUUUGCCGAGCUGGAGAUGAACAGAGAAGAGCUGGGCAUUGCCAGCUACGGAGCUUCGGUAACCACCAUGGAGGAGGUUUUCCUCAGAGUGGGGAAGCUGGUGGAUUCGAGUUUGGACAUCCAGGCGAUCCAGCUCCCGGCCCUGCAGUACCAACACGAGAGGCGCUCCCACGACUGGACCACAGACGACGCCAGCAGCAUGAGCGGCAUGACCGACGUCACCGACUUCACCGACAGCGGCACGCUCAUUUCGGAGGACUGCUCCAACAUCAAGCUGAACACCGGGGCCAGACUUUACCUGCAGCAGUUCUACGCCAUGUUCCUGAAGAGGGCGCUGUACAGCUGGAGAAACUGGAAGGUGAUGGUGGCCCAGUUUCUCGUCCCUUUACUCUUCACCGUUUUGGCCCUGGUCGUGGCGCGCUCGUUUCCCAACCACCAGGACGCCCCUGGCCUGAGGCUGGCCCUCAGGCGCUACGGCUCCACCAGGGUCCCCGUGGCUGUGCACACUGGGGGGGGUCACUUGGCCGCCGCCCUGGCAAACACGUACAGUUCGCAGCUCUCGGCCCAGCUCGGCCAGCUCAUCAACAUCACCGAUUUCACCGAUUACAUCCUCACCCAGGCAGAGGAGGAAGGCGGCAGCUUUAAUGAGCGCUGCGUGGUGGGCGCCGCUUUCCGAGGCGCCGGCAGCCGCUACACCGAAGCGACCGCCUACUUCAACAACGAGGGCUACCACACACCCGCCACCGCCCUCAUGAUGGUGGACAACGCGCUGUUCCGGCUGCUGGCGGGGCCGAACGCCUCCAUCGAGACGGGGAAUUACCCGAUGCCGCGCAACCUGUCCGAGAGCGCGCAGAGCCAGGUCGUAGAGGGAAAGACGGGUUUCAUCAUCGCUAUAAACCUGAUGUACGGCAUGGCCUCCUUGUCCAGCACAUUCGCCCUUCUGCUCGUAACCGAGUCCUCCAUCAAGUCCAAGCAUGUGCAGAAGGUCAGCGGUGUCUACCUGUCGAACUUCUGGUUUUCUGCGCUGCUGUGGGACCUGGUCAACUUUCUGCUGCCCUGUUUCCUCAUGCUGGUGGUGUUUCAGGCAUUCGGAGUCAAGGCUUUUGUGGACGACAACCACCUGGUAGACGUGUUGUUAUUGCUGCUGCUGUACGGCUGGGCCGUUGUGCCUCUCAUGUACCUGCUCAGCUUCCUCUUCUCCUCUGCCGCUUCUGCCUACACACGCCUCACCAUCUUCAACGUGAUCUCUGGCACGGCCACCUUUCUGGCUGUCACCAUCAUGACCAUCCCAGAGUUGAAGAUGCAGGCCAUGUCCCACUUACUGGAUAAAAUUUUCCUCAUCUUUCCUAACUAUUGCCUGGGCAUGUCCUUCAGCCAGUUCUACCAGAACUACGAGUUCAUCACGUUUUGCACCCACGGUACAAUCAGCAAAGCUAUGUGCAAGGCUUUAAACAUCACGUACCAGACAAACUACUUCUCGAUGUCGGAGCCUGGCGUGGGACGUUUCCUUGUGGCCUUGUCGCUGCAGGGUGUGGUCUUCCUUCUUCUGCUGUUCGUCAUCGAGCUGCAGUGCGUCCGCACUCUCCGACGACUCCUCUCCUCCCUGGGCAGGAGACGCAAACAGUUACCUCUGCUGGAGGAUGCAGCGCUGCUGCCAGAGGACAGGGAUGUGGCUGAAGAGAGGAAGAGGGUCCUGGAGUGCCAGCCGAUGGUGGAGUCAAUGAUGGGCAGCCCUCUCAUACUGCAGGAGCUCAGCAAGGUGUACAGCAGCGGGGAGAAUCUGCUGGCUGUUGACCGGCUGUCUCUGGCUGUGGGGAAAGGCGAGUGCUUCGGCCUCCUGGGCUUCAAUGGAGCAGGCAAGACGACGACCUUUAAGAUGCUGACAUGUGAUGAAAGCGUCACCUCCGGGGACGCCUACAUUGACGGAUACAGCAUUUUGAGGGACAUUAAAAAGGUGCAGCAGCGCAUUGGUUACUGCCCACAGUUUGACGCCGUGUUGGACCACAUGACCGGGAGAGAAACUCUGAGUAUGUAUGCCAGGCUCCGAGGAAUACCAGAGAGGUAUGUGUCCGGCUGUGUGGAGAACGUCCUGAGGUCACUGCUGCUGGAGCCUCAUGCUGAUAAACUGGUCCGCAGCUACAGUGGCGGGAACAAGAGGAAGUUGAGUGCGGGCAUCGCUCUGAUUGGUGGGCCUCCGGUCAUCUUCCUGGAUGAGCCUUCGACCGGGAUGGACCCGGUGGCCAGGAGGCUGCUGUGGGACGCUGUUACACGCACACGGGAGUCUGGAAAGGCCAUAAUCAUCACUUCUCACAGCAUGGAGGAGUGUGAGGCCCUGUGCACCCGGCUGGCUGUGAUGGUCAACGGUCAGUUCAAGUGCCUCGGGAGUCCUCAGCACCUGAAGAGCAAGUUUGGCAGUGGCUACACCCUGCUGGCCAAAGUGCACAUAGAGGCUGAGCUGGAGGAUCGUGACCUGCAGCUUUUUAAAGACUUCAUCGAAAGUACCUUUCCAGGAAGUCAACUAAAGGAUGAGCACCAGGGGAUGGUGCACUAUCAUUUGACUGACAAAACACUUACCUGGGCCCAGGUGUUUGGUACUUUGGAGGCAGCCAAAGAGAAAUACCAGAUUGAAGACUACUGCGUGAGCCAGAUAUCCCUGGAGCAGGUGUUCCUCAGUUUUGCCCAAUUCCAGCACUGCUCUGAGAGUGGGAGGAAGUAGGCGGAGCCUGGAAUCUGUUCAUGCACUGUCCUUUUUCUUCAGUGCUUUGUGUGCGUGUGAAGGACCUGUGUAAAUGGACCUCUGAUACACAACAGGUGUGUACACAGGCCGGAGCAGGUAUUUAUCUCCGGCUCCAUUUUUACCUUCACCAACAAAACAGACACACACACACGCACACUGGGCCAGUUCCAUCAACUUCAUAAUUUUAACUACUGUACCGUGUUUGUUUGGUUUAAAUUGCGAUUGGGGUCGGGAUUACGCCGAGUGAUUCGGCUCCGUGUGGCGCACCUUUCCAGUGCCGUUAAAGACAAUGACAACACUCAUCGGAUACUACAGCUACUCCGAGUUGUGUCUGGGUUUAUUUGUGUGUACGGCUUGUCCAUUUUUUAAAAAUUUCUAAUAAUUUUAGUUUUAAUUUCUUUUAUUUCAUUGAUUGUUUCCAAGCAUUUAUGCUUUUUUUCUGUGAUAAUCACAACAGAAUGAACCACUCCAUAUGAUGCGUGUAGGAAAUAGUUGCACACCUUUGCGCCUUAUCCAAUUAACAAGGGUUCUCGCUUCUGUAUAUUGACCUAUACAAAAUGUCUCGUAAUCAUUUUGAGCCUCUUAAUGUGGUUGCCUGAUGUAAAUAAUGUGACGUGUUUAUUGUACUAAAAUGCCCUCUCUCAUUCCGGCCAUGCAGAACAUUUACUCGUUUCAAGACUAUUUUGGGCACAAUGAUGAAUGCAUGUACGUACGUAUCGGAUUUACAGAGCUGAAAAACGAGAAGACCAUGAAUCCUCAGAGUACUUUCCGUCCGGUCUGAGUUCUUUUAUUACGCCUCCAUUGUCCAGGUCUUGUGAACCAAUGUUUCGGUUUUCCUGCCAAACAAGUUCCAAUAACAGUGUGUCACCAUGUGGAUAUUCAGCCUUCAGGAGAAAGGAAUCGGGUGACAAAGGAGAUUUUGCUCCAACGUGUCAGUAAAACAGGCGGUUGUGACUUCAAAUCAAGUCGCGUCAGGCCGCAUGUGAUCAUGGGACGAAAAAUCGAAAAGAACGCAAUGACCUUUGAGCUUUUGUGUAUCAUUAUUCUUGCUAUGCAUCUCACACUGUGUGUGUAGGUUUUGUGUGUAGUACAACGAUUAUGACAGUAGUACAACGCAUGAUUCCGGAUUUCGUCCAGACUACUUAAACAGCGCUACGAUGGUCCUUCAAUAGUAAAAGUAAGUAACUGUUAUUGCGCUGCGGUCAAACCACUGCUGCGUCAUCUUUAAGCUGCUCCUUUCAGGGAACGCGAGGAAAUGCAAUAAAGGAAAUUAAAUGCCUUGUUCGGAGGAAGAAUGAUCAAUGUUUGGUCCUCAUGUCAGAGCGAACCCAAGUUACCAGUCUCAAAGCCGUGAUUGUGAAUAAAAAACAUUGUAAUUGUAUUUAUUUAUUCUGUAGGAAUAUUUAGAAAAGCAUUUUAAGUUUCAAGAAAAACAAUGAAGAAUCCUGCGCAUUUUGAUGAGAAAUGGAUUGUCCGUUUCCUACUUUUCAUCCAUGUUACAGUUUAAAAUUAUUCCAUUAGAUAAACCUGAGGAUUCAAAUGACAUCCUUACUCUUAAAAAAAUCCCUCCGCUUUCACAAGUGAUACGAAUGUAUUUACUGUCCUAAUGGUAGAAAAACACCCUUACUACUGUAAUCCACUUUAUUUACAGCUUUGUAUGAUUCACAUUGCGUGUGUGAAGAAAAAGUAGAGAUGGACGUUCCAGACAGUUAUAGAUAUGUGACUUAAGUCUUUAUAGGAUUAAAACUAUUGUUACACUUGUUCAUGUAUUUGCACUUGUUUUACUCAUUACAUGUAUGAAUUAAACAAAUUGCAAUGUGGAAAUGGAAAGCUCUGCUGAUAUCAAAUGAUUAAGUUUUGUUGAAAUCUGAUUCAUCAUAUUUAAAAAAGGGAAAUUACGUCCUUGUGUUCUGUACAUGUACCAUGAAAAUGAACAACUGUAUAUGUGCUGCUAUUAUUUUUUAAUUAAAUAAUGCUCUAUGAAAAUGUUAAGAAAAA